AGUUCGCGGCAGGGGUCCGAGGGGGUGGAGGGGGCAAGUGGCGUACAUAUAUAGGAGGGAGCCCCCUGGGCGGGGGGCCCAGUACCGUUCAAAGAUGCGAGCUGUUGGGAUGCUGCGAACGGGGUUCAUUCUCGUCUUCCUUAUCAUUGCCUACGCCAGCACCCUCCCUCUUCAGUUUUUGCCAGCAAUUCCUGGGUACGUUCCGGUCUACAUACGAAACGGCGAUGAACCCUUGGAGAACAUUAACCUUGCUCUAGCUGAGGCGUUUGCUGAGCACUCAUCUUCUCAGAUUCUCAAGGAAUCUCACGUAGCAUUAGAAGCCCAGCAACAUGUCGACAACGAGCAAAUUCCGGGGUCCGAUCGGGGGCCGCAGAAAUCGGCGGAGAGUAAACUUGAGGGGUCCGAUCCCGACGGAAACGCGGCAGAGAAAAACGGAGACGUAAACGUUGAGACGUUGCCCUCAGUCGAAGAUGUUACGCCCGUGCAACGCAGGGAAACAGACCGACCAAUUAACGUUCAAAAGAAAUCCGAAGCGGUCACGUUGGAGGUCAACAGGUCCAAAAUACCUCAACUACUCACGGAACGGGAGGAUCAACAAAUCCUCAAUGCUGAAGCUCACAACGAAGAAUCGAAGCCCGAUACAUCUCCCUCGCAGGAGGAUGCAGCUGUGGUCAACAACAGCGUUCCGGCCGCACAAGAGGAAGAGGACUCUAAUAAAGUGGGGGCGAGUGACGUUGAGAAAUCGGAAUUCAAACCGAAUGAAAUCGUCGAUCCCAAUCCCAACUAUCCGGAGCUUCCGGCUGAGAUUCCUCAGCAACACAACAGUCAGGAUUUCGGAUCGUUGAACGAAGGACAUCAGGAUGCCACUGCGUCUUCGACGAUAGGUUCGCCAGAGGAAAUUAGCGACGCGCCGUUGAGUCAGGAUGAAUCUUCGAGCACGUCUAGCGAAAGCGAAGAAAGUUCGGAAAAUAGCAGCGAUAGUGUUAGCAGCGAUUCAGAGUCCAAUGAAUCCGAGUGACGAAUUUAAAGGUGAUAAUGAAAGCGCCAGCUCAGCGAUGGAGGAAUUUAAACUUGACAGAUUAGCUCGAUUCUCGUCGAUUCCGAGUCAAUACGAUGGGAAGUCGACUGAUCGAUGUUGAUAUUAGGUAAACUAAAGAUACUGUUAUUUAUUUUAGGAAACGGAAAGCAAUACUUUGAAUAAUAAAACUGAAUCGUUGUUUCCAAAUCCCUCUUUUUAUAGAAAAAAAGAAACAUAAAAUAAUAAUAAAACGAAAAUGUUUAAAAAUUAA